CCGACCCAAGCCCAAAUGUUUAACCCAGCCCGCCUAAAAAUAAAAAAACGAAAAACAAAAAGACCCAAGACGACGUCAUUUGAGGCCUACACUCUUCAACCCUCUCUCGAGUCUCCUUCCUCAGCCACGGCCCAACGUCUCUCCCUCUUUUCUCUCCACCAGCGCAGACUGCCAGGCACCCCACGGCUCUGGCUCUCUCUCUCUCUCUCCCUCUGCCCGCGUUUCCCUCGCUUCUUUGUGAUUUCCGCUCGCCGCCGUUCCCAGCUCCACGCCGUCCGUGUCGAUUCAUGCCGCGCCGCUAUCUACAGUUCGAUCACCGACAUUGUGAAGCUCUGCUGCACAGCCGUGCGCCACAAAGCUCCGCCGCAACCAAGCCUUUUUUUCCCUAGUCCGACACUCUCCUUCUCUUUCUCUACUCUGCACCUUCGCUCAUUGUGGAACGUCCAGCGACGCCGCUCUCGGUUUCUGACAACGUGUCUCGGUAUUAGGCUGAGCGCGGUGACCAACGAAGGCCAUCGGAGCCUGCGUGACCCCUCCACGACGCCCAUCUCCUCCGCCACUGACGACUUCGUACGAAAUCGCCUCCUGCCACAGCAACCAGUGGAGGCUGCAGCACCACAAGUCCAGGAACACGGCACCAUUCAAUUCGUGAAUUUCCAUCGCCGAGUCCAGUCGAACACCGCUUCAAGCCUGGUCUCGAACAAGCAGCUUCUCUGGCAACCUCACAGCUAUACCCUUGUCUAAUAUGCCCAGGCUCAAUUAUGGUCCCAAUGGCACGGUCUUUAUCUCAUCUGGAAUACCAGACCUCGACAAGAUUUUAGGUGGUGGG